CAUAUUGGUGAUUUCAAUUAUGCAAGGUUAGCAGAUUUUGGAGCAGCAAUAUCUGGAGCCAACCAGCUACAAUGCCAGCAAGUGCUUGAAGAGCUAGACGUGCAUAAACGACUACAACUUACUCUCGAGAUAGUGAAGAAGGAAAUGGAGAUCAGUAAGAUUCAGGAAUCAAUUGCAAAAGCAAUUGAAGAAAAAAUAAGUGGAGAGCAACGCCGUUAUUUGUUGAAUGAACAAUUAAAGGCCAUAAAGAAGGAACUAGGUUUGGAGACGGAUGAUAAAACAGCUCUUUCUGCAAAGUUUAGGGAAAGGUUAGAGCCUAAUAAAGAAAAGAUACCGGCUCAUGUCAUGCAAGUUAUUGAAGAAGAACUUACAAAACUGCAACUAUUGGAAGCUAGUUCAAGUGAAUUUAAUGUAACACGUAAUUAUCUUGAUUGGUUGACUGCCUUGCCAUGGGGUAGUUACAGUGAUGAGAACUUCGAUGUACUACGGGCAGAAAAAAUUCUUGAUGAAGACCACUAUGGGUUAACCGAUGUUAAGGAAAGGAUCUUGGAAUUUAUUGCUGUGGGAAAACUCAGAGGAACCUCACAAGGGAAAAUCAUAUGCCUCUCUGGCCCUCCCGGAGUGGGCAAAACCAGUAUAGUUCGUUCCAUUGCACGUGCAUUGAACCGCAAGUUCUACAGAUUUUCUGUUGGAGGGUUGUCUGAUGUUGCUGAAAUAAAGGGACAUCGAAGAACUUAUAUUGGUGCCAUGCCGGGGAAGAUGGUUCAAUGUUUAAAAAGUGUGGGAACAGCUAAUCCUCUUGUUUUGAUAGAUGAAAUUGAUAAGCUGGGAAGGGGACAUGCUGGUGAUCCAGCAAGUGCUAUGUUGGAACUUCUUGAUCCAGAACAGAAUGCAAAUUUCUUGGAUCAUUAUCUUGAUGUCCCUAUUGAUUUAGCAAAGGUUUUGUUUGUCUGCACAGCCAAUGUCGUAGAAAUGAUACCUAAUCCUCUUCUGGAUAGAAUGGAGGUAAUUGCAAUCGCUGGUUACAUUACUGAUGAGAAAAUGCACAUAGCCAGGGAUUAUUUGGAAAAAAGUACUCGUGAAACAUGUGGGAUCAAGCCUGAACAGGUUGAAGUGACUGAUUCAGCUCUUCUUGCUUUAAUAGAAAAUUACUGCAGAGAAGCUGGUGUUCGGAAUCUGCAGAAGCAGAUUGAAAAGAUUUAUCGCAAGAUAGCUCUAAAGCUUGUUAGGAAAGAUGACAAGAUUGAGCCUCAGAAUGUGGGGGUAAAUGAGGUAAAAGCAGAACCUGUCCACAUAUCGGAUGAACUCAAAUCUAAGGAAGAAACUCAAACUGGAGCCAAGUCGGUAGAGGGUAGCAAUGAUGACAAGCCCGGUGAAAAUGUUGCUGAAGCCCUGGAAGCACCAGUGAACCAAAUGCAGAAGUCUACUGAUGAAGAUACUCAUUUACAGGAUACUCAGGAAAUUGAGGAAGCUACAGAAAGUGAAACAAGUAAAACAAUAGAUAAAGUGGUCGUGGACUCACCAAACCUAGCUGAUUAUGUUGGCAAGCCUAUUUUCCAUGCGGAGCGCAUAUAUGAUCAGACCCCAGUUGGAGUUGUGAUGGGUCUUGCUUGGACUUCAAUGGGUGGCUCAACACUCUAUAUAGAAACGUCUCUGGUGGAGCAAGGUGAAGCAAAAGGGGCUCUCAGUGUAACAGGACAACUAGGCGACGUUAUGAAAGAAAGUGCCCAAAUUGCCCAUACAGUUGCCAGGAUCAUUUUGCAGGAAAAGGAAACUGAUAACCAGUUCUUCGCUAAUAGUAAGCUUCACCUUCAUGUUCCUGCGGGUGCAACCCCUAAGGAUGGCCCUAGUGCUGGUUGUACUAUGAUAACGUCCUUGCUGUCUCUUGCGCUGAAAAAGCCUGUUAAACCUUACCUGGCAAUGACUGGGGAAGUCACGCUAACUGGAAAGAUUCUUCCUAUAGGCGGGGUCAAGGAGAAAGCCAUAGCAGCACGGCGAAGUGAUGUGAAAACUAUAAUAUUCCCUUCAGCUAAUCGAAGAGAUUUUGAUGAGCUUGCUCCGAAUGUGAAGGAAGGCCUCGAUGUACACUUUGUGGAUGAUUACAAGCAAAUAUUUGAUUUGGCAUUUUGACAGCCAGAGUAUAAAAUAUUGAAGUUUUUUUUUUUUUUGACCAUGGUAUUACAUAAUUCAUAAAUUUCAAGGAGAUGGAUUUUACCUUUUGCCAAGAAUGACGUUAAAAUUUAUGGAAGUGUCUGAUUUAUUAGACUGCA